AAGCUUCAUUAAUUGAGAGCCGUGCGAAAUUUGAUUCGAUUGUCCCUUAAAAAAAAAAGGAAAAGAAAUUUGGUUCGAUUUUGAUUUCGUGGAAUAGUCGAAGAAACAAGAGGAAAAAAGAUGCUUCAAAUCCGAUUAAGCAAGGGCCCAUCCUCCGACGCUGGCAGCACCUUGAAGCCCUUGCCAGUGGAAACGGUGACGGUAGCGUGCCCCGACCACCUCGUUCUCGCCGACCUUCCCGUUGCCAAGAGCAUUGGCUCCGCCACCUCCUCCUCGCUCGUGAAGACAAUUGGUCGGAGGUCCCGUCGCCAGCUUGGCGAGCGAGUCCACUUCUGCGUUCGCUGCGAUUUUCCGAUAGCGAUCUACGGCCGCUUGAGUCCUUGUGAGCAUUCCUUCUGCCUGGAUUGUGCAAGGAGUGAUUCAAUUUGCUACCUGUGUGAUGAACGUAUACAGAAGAUUCAGACAAUCAAGAUAAUGGAGGGGAUCUUCAUCUGUGCAGCCCCUCACUGUCUUAAGUCGUUUUUGAAGAAGACCGAAUUUGAAUCUCAUAUCCAUGAGAGCCAUGCUGACCUUUUACAGCCUAACGCAGAGAAGGAAGGUGGUAAAGAAUCAGAGGUUCAGAGUGCUAAACAACCUACAGGUUCAGGUUCCACUGUUCUAGGUCCUUCAAGGCAUGCCAUUUCUCCUGGCUCAAACCCCCAGCUCCAUGAUACUGAAGACAAAGCUUAUUGGCAGCAGCCCAGAGAACAACUGCCUCCAAGGCCAAUGAUGCAGCCGAAGGGGCCGCCAGUAUUUGGCCAAGUUCACAAUUAUCCAUUAGAGCCCCAACCAGACAAUAACCAUCCCCCAGGCUUUGACAGACCUGGCCCUCACAACCACUUCCAACAAGGUUUUGACAGGCCGGGCACCCCACAACCAGAAUCUAGCCAGUUUUCUGACAAGCAGCAGGGACUUUUAUCUGAGAACCAGUUUUCAGAAUACCCCUCUAUGCAUUCUACGCAACCACCAAACUUUGUUAUGCCAAUGAAUUCGAACCCUAUGUUAACUCCAUAUGGCAUUCCUCCAUUUCCAUCCGAUGGAGCUCAACCAUUUUAUGGUGCUCCAUAUGAGAUGGCCAGGCCGAGUUCAGCACCAGAUUUUGGUUCUGAACAGGGGUCAUUGUUGGGUUUCCCACCGGGUCCAGCUGGGGGGGUAAAUUAUCCAGUAGCUUAUCCUCAGCCGUGGAAUGGAGGGCAACCUGGAGUCCACUUUGAAUCUAUGCCAGCUGGUCACAUGACGGGGGAGGGUUUUGCAAAUUAUCAAGGCGAUUAUGGGCGAAAUCCUGGAGGUUUACCAAUGAUUCCUCCCCCGGCAUCAGCCAACAAAGGGAUGGAAGCUGUCCAAGGUACUGGUGCCAUAGACCCUAGGGAUGGCGAAGGUAUGUUGGCACCACAGCCCAUGCAAGUUCCGCCACCACCUCCACCACUUCUGCAUCAUAUGUCACAACUUAAACGAGGCAAGUUCCACUCUGGUGAUAUGGGUCGUGGUGGCCAAGGGUUUGGGUGGCAACAUGAGAACCAUGAUGGCUUUGCAGGUAGCCAGGACUAGAAAUUGUUUGUUUUUUUUGCUGUUAAAAUGUGAUCUUCUUUCCUUUUGGGUCUUUGAUUAAGCUUUGUAAUGGGCCGCCCAUAUCUUAAUUUCUUAAGAGCAUUCUGCUCCCUGUUAUAUCAUUUAGA